ACAACCUGCAAGUAAACUGGUGCACAUUGCUUUCUCCCUGAUCAUUUAUUAUUAUCAAACGAAUUGGACAAAUUUUAAACAAAUUGUUACCAAACUUAAUGUACCAGAUGCAAAGAAAUGUACUGCGUUCAACUGAGUAGUUCCUCUUGGCAGUAAGCUCUAGCACAUGGCUAAUUCUCUUGAAGCUGAUGCAUUGAGUAACUGUGAGAGGCAGUUUCCAUCCUUGCUCUUUUUAUCCGUUUUUUAUUCUCUGCUCUAUCCCUUUUAAAAGUCGGCUUUUGUGCGGAUAGUGUGUCGGUGUGGUGGACAAGGUUGCUUCAGGAAAAGAAGAGUGUGAUUUUCAAUGAAAGCUCAAAGAGGCUAGGGAGCGUGGUGACAUCUGUAUGGAGGGAAGAAUUGUGAAGACCGUUGACACACAGUCAGAAUUGUUCUCCACCACCACAAUCAACAGCCUAUUGAAGAUGCCUCUGGUGAAGGAAUUCAGGAAGAAAGCAGAGGACAUCAGAACCGUGUCUGAUCUGAGAGAGAAGCUGGGAGAGGGAUCCUUCUCUGAGGUGCAGGUGGCUCAGCACCACCACACCCUGAGACUUGUAGCUGUCAAGUGUAUCAGCAAGAGGGCGCUAAAGGGCAAAGAGGGCAUGUUGGAGAAUGAGAUUGCAGCGCUCCGCAGAAUCAACCAUCCCAACAUGGUGGCAUUGGAGGAGACCUUUGAGACAUCUUCAAAGCUUUAUCUUGUUAUGACUCUUGUUACAGGAGUUGCUGGACCGUAUUCUGGAGGGGGGCGCUACACUGAGAGGGAUGCCAGCCGUGUCCUACGGCAGGUUCUGGAAGCAGUCCAAUACCUCUAUACACAGGGACCAGUCCACCGGGGGAUCGAACCCACUACCUUGGCGUUACAAGCGCCGUCACCUCUACACAAAAUAGUCAUUGGUGACUUUGGCCUGUCCAAGAUGGAUGAGGAGGGGGUGCUCACCACAGCAUGUGGAACGCCGGUGUAUGUGGCUCCAGAGCUUCUGCAGCAGAAAUCUUAUGGCAAAGAGGUGGACCUAUGGACUCUGGGGGUGAUCACCUACAGUUGA